GGAUGACCAAAACUUGUCGCAUAGCUAGGUGCCUUCUGAUUGUUGCGAUAUAAGCCACAUCUCUUAAUUUAAGAUCUUGCACAUCAAAAUGUGCCGUUCAAGUCCAUCCUACAAUCAAUUAAAAUCCUUGGGUACACCGAUUGAUCGACCCGAAAAUAGAUAAUACGGCGAUGAAGCGCAGAUACGCCGUAUUCCUAAAUAACGGGUGAUCCGUCACCCAGACCUUGUCCCGUUAAUUUCACAGCAAGCAAUGGUGUUUUCUGCAAUACUUCAAUUCAUCUACUAUUAGCUGUUUAAGCUAGGAGACACUGCACUGAGGGCCUGACACCACGAAAUCAACCAACAUGUCUUCCAUGGCUUACCCAGCUGAACCGUUGCAGAUUAGCAACAAAAUCAAAAUUCCCUUGACUGGCACCCAGGAGACCUUGAUGGGACCGUUAAUAGCGAGAGCUAGGGAUGCUAGAAUGCCCCAACCUAUUCUAAACGAUAUAUAUGCAGCUCAAAUACUAGAUUGGAUCGAUCAUGAUACCGACAAGUUUCAUGUCGACGAUACACAGACUAUCAUACAUGCGCUUCGUGCGGCAUGUAUGGAUAGGUGGAUUGUCGAGUUCCUAACGAACAACCCAGAAUGCACAGUUGUCCAUCUAGCCUGCGGACUGGAUAGCCGAUGGCAACGCAUCCAACCAGACUUGACCAGAGUUCGCUGGAUCGAUUUGGACCUACCCGACGUUAUCGAAAUACGUACCAAACUCAUCCCCAACCCCGAAGGCAAUUACAUGCUAGUCGCCGCAAAUGUAACAGAGGAGUCGUGGCUUCAACAAAUUCCCGCGGAUCGCCCGACUGUCAUUGUUGGCCAGGGGUUGAUGAUGUACUUGGAAGAAGAGGCCGGUAAACGUAUGAUUCAGCGAGUUGUCGAACAUUUCAAAUCCGGCCAGCUUAUCAUCGAUUGUGUCAGCACAAUCAUGCUCUCUUUACAACAUAGCAUCGAGACCCUUACAGCCACGGGGUCGAAUUUUCAAUGGGGCGUCGACGAGCCGAAGACCUUGGAGGCUCUUCACCCGCAACUGACGAUGCUAGAGUGUCUGGGUCCUUCUGAACUUGGCUUCUCGCACAUGCCGCUUAAUACUCGCAUCAUGCUGUCGACUUAUUCGUAUCUGCCCUGGUUCCGGUAUCUCAGUUCUUAUGUACGAUUUGCUUUCUAACUUUUUGGGUUGAUUGGGACCGGAUGGUAUGGGUCAAGUAACUCGUUAUUUUUUGCUAUAUAUGAGAUAUGAUACUGAACGA